GUUGCUGCUGCUGCUGGCGCACCGUCACUGCACACGCAGGCAGCUGCUGCUCGGAGAGUGGCGCUCGAAUAGCUGCUCUCUCGGCCAGUGCAGCACGAGGACUCGCUGCCUACAGCAGUUGUAGCAGCAGUAGCAGUACUGACGAUUUGCUCGCUACUCUCUGCGCCGUCUAUAUACAGAUACGUCUACACACGUUUCGUGUGUAUCGUGUGUGCCAGACAAGACGAGGAAAAUUUUAACGUUCGUCCACGCGUGGAUGACGAUUCGUUGGUCCGCGUGACGCGAAUAGAUUUUCAUUCGACGAGCAGAAAGCUCGUCGCUCGAUCGAGCUUUUUUGUCGAAACCAGUGCUGUCUGUGUCUUCGCUCGUGUUGCAGUUGUUGUUAUUGCUGUCCUUGUGUCGUCGACUAGUGCAGUUGCAAAGGCUACUCGUUGAGUAUGGAGUGAUUACUCGAGUGUGUGGUGUUGACGCAGCUCGAAGCAAGAGCAAAGGUACGCUGCUUUGCAGAGGAAUCAGCGCGAUUCGCUGCUGAUUGCGUUGUCGCGUAGUCGCUGCUCUCAGCGACGAUCAUCGCGUGUGCGCGCACUUGGAACGCCGUCGUCAUCAGUGCCGUCGAGCUUAGAAGAGGAAAGAAGCGGAGCGCGCAGAUCAGCGGCGGCGGCGAACCGCGGACUGCGGAUUCUACUCAAAGCAUCGGAGAAGGUCGAGGCCUCGACGAGCGAUUCGUUCAUAUUAAAUAUACCGCAAGUAUGGCUUUCGAAGAAGACGAGCGCAGCGGUAGCGUAGGCCACAGCGACCUGAUCGCUUCGAGCCUCUGCAGCAUGUCGGCGCGUGAAACGUCCUCGGGAGCGGUGGCCAGUUAGAUUAACGCUAUAUUCUAAUAUCUGUCCUCCCUUGGAACGAGCGCCUUUGGAACGACGUCGAGCUGCUGCCAUCCGCCCCCCCUAUGAACGAUCCAAGACUCUGUCAACCCGACAAUCGUGCUCCGUGGUUAUAAAAUUAAUAUGCUGUCGGAUACGUAUGCCUCAUCUGCAUCAGCAGCGGCAGCCGAAGCAGCAGCAGCAGCAGCAGCAGCUAAAGGAACAGUAGAAGCAUCAGAAGACAAAGUUGUAGCAUUAGCUGUAGCUCUGGGGCAGAAGCCCGGGCCCGCGGGAGCCUUCAUGCCGCCGCGGUGCACGAGGUGCCAGCCCCAGGAGCCCCAGGUGCCCCUGCCCCGCAGCAGCAGCCGCAGCUUCGUACGAUGAUGAACGCUCAAAAGGCCGAACACCAUCAUCAACGCGACAGCCUCGAGCUCGAGCUCUUUGAGGUACGAUGCGAGAGCGACGAUUGCCUGUCUAUGAGCGAAGCCGCGGCAACUCCCAAGUCGGAGCUGUGCGCGUCGGCGAGCGGUGCCGUCACGAACGGCGGCAAAAGUCAGCCGCAGCAACACAGCAAGAUAGCGCGUCGAGCUACGCCCGAAAUCACGGACGACGACGACGACUUGGACGACGAUGACCAAGACGUCUUGGAGCAGCAUCGGCAUCAGCGCGCGGCCGCUCGCGCCAAAACGGCUGCGGUAGCGGCGGCGAUAGCGGCGGCCGAGGCCGACGAGGACGACGAGGACGAGGAGGAAGUGAGCGCGGGUGGACUGGGCUGCGCCGGUGGGGCCAGACGAAAGCGCAAAAAGCUCCGGCGAAGAAAAAAGUCGUCGAGCGGCGGCAGUGGCGGCAGCAGCAGACGAGGCAGCGCCAAGCAGCACAAGAGGCAGGACUCGACCGCCUCGUCGGCCUGCUGCCUCGCUGGCCUCACCUCGUCCUCCACCUCCUCGUCCGCGGCCGGCGCUUACCCCCGAGAUCUCGGCUCGGUGUCGAGUUCGCGAGGCCAUCACCACCAUCAUCAUCAGCAUCAUCAGCCGCAGCAGCAACAGCAGCGUCAUCAACGUCGAUCUUUAUCGGCACAGGCCGGCUGUUCCUUCAGGGACUCGGGCCUCGAGGAGGUCUGUUCGGGCGAGGCGCCUCUGUACUCGUCGAAACGCGACUCUGCCUCGAGCAGCAUCGGCGCGGCGAGCGGAGCGGGUCUCGCGGCCGCCGGCAGCAGUAGCUUCACUGCCGGGUGCGCCGCGACCCAAACGUCGAGCGCGACCGCUGGCGCCGCUUCCGGUGCCCGUCACAGCCGAUUGCGCAACAGUUUGCUCUCGGUGCUGGGCAAGCUGGUCGUCUGGAAGGGCACCCGAUACAGGCCCACGCCGACGUCCUCGAGCUCGAUACCACCGAGCUCGCCGCCCCCGACCGAAUGCAUCGGACGCAGCGGCGGUUUCUUCUCGUCUGGUGAUGAUUCGCGAAAGACAGAAAGGCGAAUUCGCGCCAAUAAUCGCGAGUACAACUUGCAAUUCAAUUAUGCGAACAAUUACAUCAAAACGUCCAAGUACUCAGUUCUGACGUUCCUGCCACUGAAUUUGUUCGAGCAAUUCCAAAGGCUGGCAAACUUUUACUUCCUGUGCCUGCUGGUGCUUCAACUGAUACCCGCCAUAUCAUCCCUCACCCCAGUGACUACAGCUAUACCUCUGAUCGGGGUACUCACACUUACUGCCGUCAAAGAUGCCUAUGAUGAUUUUCAACGACACAGCAGUGACUCGCAGGUGAACAAUCGCAAGUCGUGGACACUGCGCGGCACGAAGCUGCGCGAAGAAAAAUGGUCGCAAGUCCAGGUGGGCGACGUCAUACGCAUGGAGAACGACCAAUUCGUCGCGGCGGACGUUCUCCUGCUCACUACGAGCGAACCAAACGGACUGUGCUACAUCGAAACGGCCGAGUUGGAUGGGGAGACGAACUUGAAAUGCCGCCAGUGCUUGCAAGAAACUGCCGAAAUGAUGGACAAUCACGAGCUGAUCGGAAAUUUCGAUGGCGAGAUAAUCUGCGAGACGCCCAACAAUUUGUUGAACAAAUUCGACGGCAUCCUCACGUGGAAGGGCAAAAAGUAUAUCCUCGACAACGACAAGGUAAUCCUGCGCGGUUGCGUGCUGCGCAACACUCAGUGGUGCUACGGAAUCGUGAUCUUUGCUGGCAAAGAUACGAAGCUCAUGCAGAACUCGGGCAAGAGCAAGUUCAAGCGCACGUCGAUCGACCGGCUGCUCAAUCUCCUCAUAAUCGGCAUCGUCCUCUUCUUGCUCAGCCUCUGCCUGUUUUGCAUGAUCGGCUGCGGCAUCUGGGAGAGCCUGGUGGGCCGCUACUUUCAGGUGUACCUGCCGUGGGACUCGUUGGUACCUAGCGAGCCGCUGGCCGGCGCUACGGUCAUAGCCCUACUCGUUUUUUUCUCUUACGCCAUUGUCCUCAACACGGUGGUGCCCAUCAGCUUGUACGUGAGCGUCGAGGUCAUUCGAUUCGUCCAGUCGUUCCUCAUCAAUUGGGACGAGGAGAUGUAUCACGCGCCGACCAAUACUCACGCACGAGCACGCACCACUACCCUCAACGAGGAGCUUGGCCAAAUACAGUACAUAUUUUCCGAUAAAACUGGCACCCUCACGCAGAACAUUAUGACCUUCAAUAAGUGCUCCAUCGCUGGCCAAUGCUACGGAGACGUCAUCGACGAAGUCACCGGUGAAGUCAUUGAUCUCACAGAAAUCAGGACAACGGCGGACAAAUCAACUGCCACGAGCACCACUGCUAUCCCUUCUGCUAUGCCAUCGGUGGCAGCAACAAUGAAAUGGAAAAAUGGCCAGGAUUUCGUUAGGCCGGUUUACACGCAGCUGAGUGGGCCGAAUGAUCGCUUACUGGAUCAUCAUCAACAAAAACAACAAGUGAAAUCUGCAACCCUACCAGCGGGAAUACUCAACGGCAGUAGUAAUCCAAUCUUGAAGAAUCCAAUGAGACGCUCAACGGUGCCGUCGUUGGAUUUCUCCUUCAAUAAGGAUUAUGAGCCUGAGUUCAAGUUUUACGAUUCGAGUUUACUGGAAGCUGUGCGUAGCGACAACGAAGACGUCCACAGCUUCUUCCGUCUUCUCGCGCUUUGCCACACGGUGAUGGCAGAGGACAAAACGGGAAAUCUUGAGUAUCAGGCGCAGUCGCCUGACGAGGCUGCCUUGGUCUCGGCAGCGAGGAAUUUCGGCUUUGUGUUCAGGGAAAGAUCGCCCAAUAGUAUCACCAUCGACGUCAUGGGCAAACGCGAGAUUUACGAGUUGCUUUGCAUUCUCGAUUUCAAUAAUGUGCGAAAAAGAAUGUCAGUCAUACUGAGGAAAGACGGACAGCUAAAGUUGUACUGCAAGGGUGCAGAUAACGUUAUUUAUGAGAGAGUCAAGGCUGGCAGCGAGGAAAUAAUGGCAAAAACUCAGGAGCAUCUGAACAAAUUCGCUGGCGAAGGUCUGCGCACUCUGUGUCUGUCAACGAAAGACUUGGACGAGGCAUUCUUCAAUGACUGGAAACAACGUCACCAAGAGGCGGCCAUGAGUCACGAAAACAAGGACGACAAACUCGACGCCAUUUACGAGGAGAUCGAAAAAGACAUGACGUUGUUAGGUGCAACGGCCAUUGAAGACAAGCUGCAGGACGGCGUGCCCCAAACUAUUGCCAAUCUCGGUUUAGCUGGCAUAAAGCUCUGGGUGCUUACUGGCGAUAAGCAAGAAACGGCGAUAAACAUCGGUUACUCGUGCCAGCUACUCACAGACGAUUUGACGGAUGUAUUUAUCGUAGAUGCUACUACGUACGACGGCGUCGAGACGCAAUUAACACGGUACCUCGAUACGAUAAAAGCCUCCUCAAAUCAGCAAAAGAGGCCGACACUCUCCAUUGUCACAUUCAGGUGGGACAAGGAAAGCAGCGACACCGAGUACAACCAGACCCGCGAGGAGGCUGACGAGCACGACAACGACACGCAAGCAGGCUUUGCGAUCGUCAUUAACGGCCAUUCGCUGGUGCACGCGCUUCAUCCGCAAAUGGAGCAACUUUUCAUGGAUGUCUCCAGUCAAUGUAAAGCCGUCAUAUGUUGUCGAGUAACACCCUUGCAAAAAGCCAUGGUAGUCGAGCUAGUAAAAAAAAAUAAAGAAGCUGUGACAUUGGCGAUUGGUGACGGAGCCAAUGACGUUUCAAUGAUCAAGACAGCUCAUAUUGGUGUUGGUAUUAGCGGGCAAGAAGGACUGCAGGCAGUUUUAGCGUCAGACUAUUCGAUUGGGCAGUUCCGAUUUCUUGAGCGUCUGCUGAUGGUUCACGGACGAUGGUCUUAUUACAGAAUGUCCAAGUUUCUUAGAUACUUCUUCUACAAGAACUUUGCAUUCACCCUAUGUCACAUUUGGUUCGCUUUCUUUUGUGGAUUUAGCGCACAGACCGUUUUCGAUCCAAUGUACAUUUCUGUAUACAAUUUAUUUUACACAUCACUGCCCGUUUUGGCAGUUGGAAUAUUUGAUCAAGAUGUGAACGAUAAAAAUAGCUUAAUGUAUCCAAAGUUAUACACACCGGGUCAUCAGAAUUUAUUAUUCAAUAAAAAAGAAUUCUGUUGGAGUGCUCUUCACGGAUUCUUUGCCAGUUGUGUACUUUUUUUGGUGCCCUAUGGCACAUAUAAAGAUGGAGUUUCACCGAAAGGCUAUGUACUUUCGGACCAUAUGCUGUUGGGUAGUGUAGUAGCAACAAUAUUAGUAAUAGUUGUGACAGUGCAAAUUGCACUCGAUACUUCAUACUGGACCAUCAUCAACCAUUUCAUGGUGUGGGGUUCUCUUAUCUGGUAUUUUAUCCUAGAUUACUUUUAUAAUUUUGUCAUUGGAGGCAGUUAUGUCGGCAGUCUUACGAUGGCGAUGUCGGAAGCAACAUUUUGGUUUACGGCAGUAAUAUCGGUAAUAAUGCUUGUGAUACCAGUGCUCUCGUGGCGAUUUUUCUUCAUCGACGUGAGACCAACACUUUCGGAUCGUGUACGACUGAAGCAGAGACUCGCACAGAUGCGUUCGCGGCAGAGUCAAGACAUACUUCGUACGCCAUCGACGAGGCGCACGCGACGAUCGUUACGCUCAGGUUACGCUUUUGCUCACCAGGAAGGCUUUGGUCGACUUAUUACGUCCGGUAAAAUCAUGCGAAAACUGCCGAAUGGCUCGGAUUUCAAAUUCGCAAUGCCGUUUGCUUCUUCGAAUAAUGUGCCGAAGCAAGUGACUACGACGGGAACAACACCUGGUACCGUAGUUGGCUCUGCCAUUGGCGGUGGAUCUUCAUCAUCAACGGCACCGACAAGCUCAUCGUCACCAAAGGAAAAUAAUUCAAUCUCACAGAGCCGAAUCACUCGAACGUCUGAGAGUUCAAAUCUUUGAUCGAGUCUCGCUAUUGCCAUUGCCUACUGCGGUAGUGUAACUCAAAGAACUUUACUGUUGAUCAAUGCGUGCCUCGUUCAGAGGCAUUAUUUUGUGAUAUACAUAAACAAACAAAUUAUAUUAUUCGACGAAGCCAUCUACUGUUUACUACUAAAUAAUAUAAGUACAUGUUAAUGAACAGUACUCGUUACAAUAACGUUAAGAUUAAUUUUCAAAAUAUUUUUCUCUAUGAAAAACAUAUUUUACGUCAGUUUUUUUUUCCUUUCAAAUUUUAUUAUUAUACGUAUAUACAGCAAACUUAACUCCGUUUUUAUACCACGUAAAUGUAUAAGAACGUCGAGCCCAACUAAAAUCAAGCUGUUAACGAAUCUUAUUUACCAAAGGCAGAUUAACGAAUUCAUUAGCCAGCAAUUGCAUUAUGAAUAUGUUUUAUGGUUUAACCGUCACUAUUCCUUAUUCUGUCUCACAUAUAAUAUACACAAUAUAAGCAUUUUCGAUCGUUGGUUUAACGCCAGACUUCAUUUCAUAUUGUCUAUAGCUCGUUGAACAUGACUGUUCGAUUUCUUUUUUUUAAAUGUGUAUAAGCUUCGCGAAUUGAUAUUGGAUUUGUACACAAUAAGCUCGCACCGACGCCUGCAAAUUCAAUAAUUGAUUAAAAAAAAACGUGUCCAUCGAGUUUUAAUAUAUUUAAAAAUAAUAAUAUAAAACAAAGCCUGUGUAAUAUAAUUACCAAUUUAUUGCGAGGAAAAUCGUUAUUCUUAAUAAAAUCAUUAAACACGUUUAAGUGCUUAGUAAAUUAGUCAUAACAGAAGAUUGAGUAAUAAUCGCUUUUGUUAUUCCAAGAAAUGUAAAUUAUUGCAUAUUGAACACUGUACAAUAGGAUUCAUUGUAAAUAGUUUAAAGAGAAAUAUAUUACGUGUUAAGGGUAAUUUUUUUUUAAAAAACAGAAAGUAACAUAUAGGUAGAAAGUUCUACACGAAAAAAAUAUUGAUAAACUACGAACAUAGUAAUUAUAUUAUAAUAUUAAAUUAAUGCAGAUUUUUGCCUUGACUGACUAAUGAUUAUAAUUAAUAAAAUGUAUUAAAAAAUUUGAAUUGAGUCAAAGAAAAAUAAUCAUUAAUUAAAGUAGCAAUGAAACAAUUAAAUUAUGAUGUUUCUACUUUUAAUAUUAUUAAUGCAAAGCAUUGGUAAGAUGGAAAUAAAUAUAGUUAAUGUAAAAAGAGUGUGUUCUACAAUCGAAUUCAUAAUUGAAAUAGACAGACAUCGAGUGAUAAUUAAAAUCUAUCAUGUUACUUAUUUCAAACUUUUAAUUGUUUGAAACCAAUUGGCUACGAUUUUUAAUUUACUUUUCAAAAAUUUUUAAGAAAAUUUAAAAAAACUUUUUGUAACGUACAGGUUUGUUAUGUUCAACUGGACUAUAAAAUAUUAAAAAAUUUUACUUGUCAUAAGACUGCUGAGAUUUUUAUAAUAAUGAAUACGGAAAAUCCUAAAAAGCUUAUAAAUAAAUUAUUGAAAGAUAUAAUAAUGUUCUAUUAAUUAGUUGUUACAAAAAAAUAUUCUCAAUUUCAUAAUAAUAUGUGAAGUUGAAUAACUUGUGAAAAAAAUUGCUUAUCAAAAUGACAAAAUUUAAUGAUACGGUCCGUCAAACCUUGACUUAGCAAUGAUUUUCAAAAAGAGGAGUUUGUAAUAAUAAAAUGGUACGAAAUAUUUUCUCACUUAUCGAUGUAUAUGCAAAAAGAAAAAUAUAUAGAAAUAUUUCGCGUGGGUGAGCUAAAAAAUCCAUCUAUUUUAUAUGAAAAAACCAAAAGUAACGAAAAUGUCUAGAUUAGUUUACAAAUGUACAUACAAUAAAAAAAAAAGAAAAAAAAGAAAUGCACAGUCUAUGAAUGUAUACAUACGAUAUAUAUAUAUUUUUAUUGUAAAACUCGUUUGUACACAUUGAUUUUAUGUUAUUUUUAUGGUAACGAUUAGUAUUUCGGUAUGUGAUUUAGUUAAAUUAGUCAUACCAACUGAGUAUACACGAAUACUUUCGAAGCGGUUAAGUUGUUUCUAUUUACAUGUAAAAAUGAUUAAAAAAACAAAAUAAAUGCGAUCGCAAAAGAGUACUUGAUUGAGUCAAGGUACUGCAAUUGCACGUACGUGUGCGGUUCAAGUAACUUGUAACUCGUGGUGCAAGAUGCUUAAAGAAAAUAAAAGCUAACAAGUAUAUGUUGUUGUGAAUUAUAAAAAUAUAUAGAUAAAUAUAUAUGAUAUGGUUAUCGGAUGCAUUUUACAGCAUAUAAUACUAAAUAUGCCUUAAAUGAUGAGAGAAAUAUAAUAUAAAUGCUGGCGCUUGAAACGAUGCUGGAACUUUAUGUCAAAUGUGCAUAUAAUAAAUAAGGCAUUAUUUAUGUUUACUCUUUAUUAUUCAUUUUACGUUCGAAAUAUAUUUAUUGAAUAAUUCGAUGUGUACAUGCGCAUUAGAUUUGAAUAAGAAAAAAACACUCGUCCAUUGCACAGAAUGUCAUUGUCGUUAUUUAAUUAAGUAACUAAUGAAGUUAAAUUAUUUGUCCAUGUAAAAGUUAAGUUUUUUUUUAUACAAAUUAAAAAUUCUUGAUUGUGAUCAGUGUAAUGUGUCAAGAAAUCUUUUGCUACGUUUAAUAAGAUUUUCAAAGUAUUAGACAUAUUUUUCAUGUACAAACGAUUGUUCAAUUAAUUUACCGGAAUUUAAAUUAUUCCAAUUUACUUCAUUUUAUGCUACAUAAUAUACGAAAAUAUACAAACGUAUUUUCAUCAUUGGUGUUUUUUUUAUCAAAUCAUGCACCUCUACGGAACAAGAAAGAAUUAAUUAUAAAAUGAUAUAUGUUCCUUGCAAAAAAGCACAUUUUGGAUGAGAAAAAUGGCUUCUUCGGAUGCAUUCACAUACUGUACAAAAUGUUGAUGACUUUUACUAAAAGAAAGAACUAUAUAAUAAGAUUUUUGCCAUGAAAAGUAACUAACGUAUCGUUUAGCUUUAAUUCGAGGAGUUUAAUAAUAUAAAAACUUUUUCUGAGAAAACGGACAUGCGUAUAGUUUUUCAAACGGGAGUUACAAAUUCUUUAAGAAACAUAAUCGUUACCGAUAAAAUUUUUGUAACUAAUUUUAUUUUUUAAAGAAUGGCACUAAUUAGUGUACAUAAAAGUUUUCAGCAAUCUAGAACAUCGAAAUUCAACAAAACCAAAUUUAGUUCAAACAACCGAACGAUCUAUCUACGAUUUAAGAAUAAAUUAAAUUGUAAUUUCAUAGUUAUGUUUGAUAUUUUUUCAAUUACAAACUUUUAUCGAACUGUUAUUUUCAAUUUGUAAAACCGGAAAUGGAUCAACACGGGAGAAGAGAGCUUCUAAAUUAGCUUAAAUGACAGCUGAAAUAUGAAAAAAUAAACCAUUCGAGUGUUAUGAAAUUUACACAUAUGAUCAUUAAAUCGAUAUACUAUAUUAUAUCCAUAAAUAAGAAGCCGAUCUCAAUCAAUACUACUUUACCCGGCAAAUUUGCUUGUAAUUAGCCAGUGUCCAGUGCGUAUAAAUGAUUGUCAAAUGUUUACUAUAAAUUUACUAUAAAUAGGCGUAAAAAAGAUUUUAAAAAAUUAAAAUUUUAUUACAAUUUUUUUACAUUCAGUUUGAAAUGGAAGGGACCAUUGUAUACAAUUAAAUGGAAUUUUAAUUGAUGUAUAUGCAUUCAUCUUACAUAUGCUAUAUAACAUAGUACUACUGCUGACUCUUGUGUAAUAAAGCCGCCAAUAAUUUUCAUUUUUCACUUAACAAAGGACAAGAAAUACAUAGAGAAUUAAUAAAAAAUAUAGAGCGAAUGGCCUUCAACUCAGUAAUAGAAUAUAAUUAUUUCAUUGAUCCAUAUUUUAUAUAAAAAAUAAAAUUUAACUAAUAACUUUUCUAUUUGAAAAAAUUAUAGUUAGGCAAUAUAUGUAGGCCGAAUAUUAAGUUCAAGGUAUGAACAAUAACUUUUGCAAUCAGCGAUUUUCUGAACAUAAGGAUGGUUAGCACAGGGCACUUUUUUUUAACUCAUGAAAAUUGAAACAUAAACACCCUUCAUUUGCCCGUCCUGUCAUGGUAGAUUAGGGCUUUCAAUUUCGAAGCAAAUAGUAGAAAAUAAUAAUGAUAAUAAUAAUAAACUACUUUACUAUUAAGUUAGACUUUAAUAUCAAAAUUGAAAAUAGAUCAUUUUUAUAAAAUAGCUAUAAUAAUAUGAAACAAUUUCCAGAGGUUUUUCUCGUUGAUUCAAAAUAAUUUUUAAAUAGAGAAUCAAUUGAAUUUUGUUUACCUGUCACUUUUUCUUAACAUUAUACAACUCUUAAUGCUAGAAUGUUUUCUAGCAAAGUAAUUUAAAUCACUUUCCCAUUGCAUACAAGAGCAGUAGUAACGAUUUUGUUAUUUUUGUAACGUAAUUCAACAGUUUUUUUUUAUGUCUGUUCCAUUUCUACUGAGAGAUUAAUAAAUAUUAUGCUUUCACUGUUGGAAUUUUGUACAUUAAUGUCACGCAAUUAUCAAAAAGACACCAGCAAAAAUGUUAUAACAAAAUAAAUGCAGGAAAAUAUUGAA